AUGGGCGACGAGGCCAAGUACCUGGAGACGGCGCGGGCGGACCGCUCCGUGUGGCUCAUGAAGUGCCCCCCCGUCGUCUCCCAGGCCUGGCAGGGCGCCUCCUCCUCCUCCGGCGAUGCUAACCCUAACCCGGUCGUCGCCAAGGUCGUGCUGUCCCUCGACCCCCUCAGCUCCGCCGAGCCCUCCCUCCAGUUCAAGAUGGAGAUGUCUCAAACUAGUGUAGCCAGCACUUGCAAUCUACCAAAGAGUUACUCCUUGAAUAUGUUCAAGGAUUUUGUACCCAUGUGUGUUUUCUCUGAGACUAAUCAAGGAAAACUCUCAUGCGAAGGAAAAGUCGAGCAUAAAUUCGACAUGGAACCUCACAAGGAUAACUUAUUAAACUACGCGAAGUUAUGCCGUGAAAGAACACAAAAGUCGAUGGUUAAAACUAGAAAAGUGCAGGUACUUGAUAAUGACCACGGAAUGAGCAUGAGGCCCAUGCCUGGCAUGGUUGGUCUGAUAUCUUCUAGUUCCAAGGAGAAGAGGAAGCCAACGCCAACCAAACCAUCCGAUGUCAAAAGGACACGUAGGGAUCGCCGGGAACUGGAAAACAUUAUCUUCAAGCUUUUCGAAAAGCAGCCUAACUGGGCACUGAAGGCUCUAGUGCAAGAGACUGACCAGCCAGAGCAAUUCCUCAAGGAGAUAUUGAACGACCUCUGUAUGUACAACAAACGAGGGCCAAACCAGGGCACGCACGAGCUCAAGCCCGAGUACAAGAAGUCGUCUGAGGACGCUGCCGGUGCCCCGUGA